AUGAAUACGGUUGAAAUAGAAUUUAAUGGACUUCAUAUCGAAAACACUGCUGCUAUAAAAUACAAUGUCUCCUUUACUUCACUCGAAGCAGUAAAAAAUAAAAAUGAAAUACCACAUAGUCAAACUGUUGUCCAAAAGCACGGCAAUAUAACAAAACAAUACAGAAUUAUAUUUACAAAAGUGCAAGCCUACACUAUUUAUCGUAUCGAUGUUAUUCCUGUGCUGCUAAUUAACAACAACGAUGGACAUCAGAUGGCAUUAAAGAAAGCUUCUUGUACAAUCAGGCAAAUUCGAACAUCUCCUGGAAUUCCUGCGGAUCCUCCUCAACGAAUAUCGGUCAAAAUAGAUAAAGCCUUUGGUGUUCAUGUAAGAUGGGAACCACCAAAACAUACAAGAGGUGUUAUUACCGGAUAUCGAAUAAUGAUCCAUCCAAUUAUGCUAGCUAAUCUUACGAUGGCAUUAAAAUACUGCAAUAACAUGGCUAUCGAUUGUGUAAAAGAUAAGAUAUUAAACUAUACAAUGUUUCGUAAGAAAGUCGGCAAUUCUUUAAGCAACGAUGACCGACCAUAUACCUAUCAAUAUAUAUUACCUGGUGGUACGCUUGAAUUUAAUGCUUCCAUGGAGUCAAACCCGAAAGUGGAUGUUUACAUACUACAGAUGCAAGCUAAGACUGAUGCAGGCAUUUAUGGUCCCCAAAGUCAACCGAUUGUCUUUGAAUGGCAUGGAAAUCAAGUUGUACCAUUGCAUCCAUCAUGGACUUUGCCAGCAAUUGCUAUUGGCGUAGCGUUCACGCUAUUGGUAUUUUCUAUAUUGCAUACUGUUUAUGGUCAAUAUAAAUCAAAAACAACCACUUACCGGUCACGCCAUCGUCAUUCUACUUGGUGCGGAAAUAUAAAUUGGCGGAGAAUAUUUGGCGGAAAAACGCUGUACAAUCUGUUUAAUUCUACUUUGUUUUCUACUACAUUUAUUAAUCGCUGUUCUGGAGAGGGAAUUAUAGGCGGAUAUAUUGGCAGAUUAAGAUAA